AUGACAGCUCGAAAACACGGCCUCGACUUGCGCGACACCUUCAAUGUCCGGCUAACGUUGACAGUAUUGCUGAUUGCAUUCUCUCAGUUCAACUUUGGGUUCGAGAUGUCCGUCUUCUCGGGAACCCAAGCGAUGAACUACUUUGAGAAGCAAUUUGGUACCUGGAACCCGGCCGCAAGGAAGCACGUCCUGGACCCUCAGUGGCUGUCUCUGUUCAAUUCACUCCCAUACAUCAGCUUCAUGAUUGGUCUCCUCGUGGGUAGCUACGUCAGCAACCGCUGGGGCAGGCGGAUGUGCGUCUUCACCAUGAGCAUUUGGGCUAUCAUCGCAGCUGCUAUCGUCGUCACUGCGAAAAAUCGGGACCAUCUCUUGGCUGGCCGCGUUCUCAACUACGUUUACAUUGGCAUGGAACUUGCCGUGGUUCCCAUCUACCAAUCUGAAAUCGUGCCUGCGCGAUCCAGAGGCUUCGUCGUAUCCACUUACCAGACCAGUGUCAUUCUUGGCAGUCUUAUUGUGAGCAUUAUUACCCGUGGAACAAGCGACAUCCCAAGCAAUGCGUCAUGGCAGAUCCCAUAUGGCCUCUUUUUCUUCGUCCCAACCAUCGUCGCCAGUGCUAUCUGGUUUGUCCCAGAGUCUCCUCGUUGGCUCGCCGGCAAAGCUCGUCAUGAGGAAGGCUUCGCAGCACUUCAAAAGCUCAGGGAGGGCAAGAUGACCGAAGACGAGAUCGUGUCAGAAUACAACCUCUUGGAAACCGCCGCCUCUCGCUACCAAGAGAAAGGGAAGUUGAAGGAACUGUUCUGGAAGGCCAACAUUCGCCAAACAUUUAUUGUCAUUGGCAUCAACUUCUUCCUGCAAACCACCGGCUACACUUUCCACUUAGUGUAUGGCUCUGUCUACAUCAAGUCACUGGGCACGAUCAACCCUUUCAACAUCAACUUGAUCAAGUCCUUUGUCGCUCUUGUCGUGGCCAUCGCGACCAUGUGGGGCUGCGAUAUUGUUGGACGACGACGCCUUUUGAUGAUCGGAGGCUCGAUUCAAGCCGUAGCUUUGAUUGCGAUGGGCAUCAUUGGAACAGUUGUCCCGGCCUCCAACGCAAAGAACUCGGCCAUUGUAGCCAUGAUGAUCGUCUUUGUUGUGGGCUGGACGUGUGGAUGGUCGCCAAACUCACACAUUCUGAGCGCAGAGAUUCCGAACCAGAGGCUGCGAGACAUGUCUUACAGGGCCGGUUCUGUAGUCAAUGUGAUCAUGCAAUUCGUCACCGCAUUCACUCUUCCGUAUCUCUUGUUCCCACCCUACGCAAAUCUACAGUCCAAGGUUGGCUUCAUCUAUGGCUCGUUCGCCGUGCUUGCCGUGAUCUUCACCUACUUCUGCAUUCCAGAGCUUCAAGGACGUACACUGGAAGAGGUUGAGCAAUUGUUUGCCAUGAACAUUCCCUUCAGACAGUUUAAGGACACGAAGACGCUGUCAGGCGCCAGGGACUCUGAGGGUAUUGAAGCCGAUGCCAAGGACGAUAAGUCAAUUGCUUGA